AAAGAAAAAAAAAGAGAAUCAUCUUGAUGAUGCAAAUGCUACCCCCACCAGCUCACAGCCUGCCUGGAACAGCCCAUCAAUCGACUCAAUUCGUUCCCUUGUUAGUUAAGCCACCACCUUAGUAGUCGUAAUAUGCUUGCUUAGAAAAACAAGUAUACUUUGUUUCUCUCUCUCUCUCGAUCUCUACAUCUACCUGGACCUUACUCUGCCUGCUUCUAUAUAUCCUCUUAGCGGCUAACUGUUUUCAGCCCUUGUGCGACCAUUCUUCAGUCUGCCGCUUGCGACCUCUUCAGGAAGCACGCCUUCUUCUGUAGCUCUAGGCGUCUGCUUCUUGCAUGCUCAGGCUCAGCUGCUGCUUGUGAGAAGAUCCAUCUGCUUGAGUUCAGCAUCGAUGGCGGCGGAGGAGGCGAAGAAGGUGGAGGUGGAGGCGACCAAGGACAUCGCCGAGGAGAAGGCGGUCGUCCCACUGCCGCCCCCGCCGGCGGCCAAGCUUGAUGACAAGCCGGCCGAUGACUCCAAGGCCAUCGUUGUUGUCAAGGACGCUGCUGAGAAACCUGCAGCUACAGGAGGUUCAACUGAAAGAGAUGCUUAUCUCGCGAAAAUUGUAUCCGAGAAGAGAUUGACUCUGAUCACUGCAUGGGAGGAGAGCGAGAAGGCAAGAGCCGAGAACAGGGCCGCCAAGAAACUUGCCUACAUCACUUCUUGGGAGAACGCAAAGAAAGCAGAGAUGGAGGCUGAGCUCAAAAAGAUCGAGGAGCAACUGGAGAAGAAGAAGGCGGCAUACGAAGAGAAGCUGAAGAACAAGCUGGCCAUGCUCCACAAGACCGCAGAGGAGAAGAGGGCGCUGACGGAGGCAAAGCGCGGGGAGGAGAUCAUCAUGGCGGAGGAACUGGCCGCCAAGUACCGCGCCAAGGGAGAGGCUCCCACAAAGCUCUUCGGACUCUUGAAAGCAUAAGAAAUGUGGAAGGGGCACCCACGAUCUCUGCCGACGAAUACAUAUAUGUUGGGACUGUUACUUGUAGAGUUGGUGCAUGGCCUGUUUGUGGUUUGUGAAUGUGUACUUGAAGGCCACUGGUGUGUAUUAAUUUUGUUGUUGGAAAGGCUUGAUAUCUGGUGCAGUUUGUAAAAAGGAAUUCUGUAUAUGCAUAGGAGUGCAGCUCAGCUCUGAUGGAUGGAUACCUUGUUGUUUCUUUUUCCUUUUCAUGAAAGUUUUGUCUGUUGGGAAA